GAUAUCUCUACUUCCCCUCUCUUCGAACGAACAGAACCAUUGGGCACCGAUUAGAUAUUUUCUCUAUUACUUUUAAGCGGGAGAUUAUAAUCGGAAGAUGGUUAGCGACAAGCAGCUUUCUCCUAUAGGAGGAUCGAGUGUCCCUGUUCCGAGCAGGAUGCUUAGGCUAUUGAAGAAGGCUACAUCAAUCUCCGAUUUAUGUCCUGGUUCCAGAGAAUCCGACGGUGGAGAUUUGGGGAAGGAUGGUUUCGAUGGAAUUGAUGAAGAAGAAGAGAUUCGAUCUGAUGUAGAGGGUUUGGGUUCGGAGGAUGGAGUUAACGCGAGGAAGGCUCUUGACUUCGAUUCCAUGGCUGAGCUUAAUCCCAUUGUUGAAGAUCUGGGCGAGAAAACGGAAGAGGUGAUCUCCGAUUUCGAAACCAGAGAGGAAGCAGCUAGGGUUUUUGAAUCGAGUGUUCCUGCGAUCGAUUUAGCUUCUGAGGAAUCGGGAGAGGAAAUUGAUGAAGAGACCUCUGAAAUGGAGGCGAGAGAGGAAACUAGGGUUUCGGAAUCGACUGUGCCUGAGAUCGACUCCGCAUCUGAGGAAUUAGGAGAGAAGAGUGAAGAGGAGAAGCUUGAUUUGGAAACGAGAGAGAAAACUAGUGGGGUUUUGAAAUCGAGUGUACCUGAGAUCGAUCCCUUAGAUAAAGAAUCGGGAGAGAAAAUUGAUGAAGAGAUCUCUGAAAUGGAGACGAGAGAUGAAACUAGGGAUUCGGAAUCGGGGGAGAAAGGAGAAGGAGAAGUCUUUGAAAUGGAGACAGAAGAAGAAGUCAAUGUUUGGGGAUCAAAGGGAGUUAGAAAGAAGCGAAAAGUUUUUGAUAGCGAUGGAAAGGAGAGUAAGGGAAAGAACAAGAGGAGCAAGAAGACUGUUGAUUUUGAUGAGUUGCCUACCUCUACUGCUUCCAUGAACAUGACCAAGAAGGAGAGAAGAGAGUAUCUUGACCAGCUUCGUGCUGAAAACCAGAGACUCUUGCGAGAAACUCGAGAUGCUGCCUUUGAAACAGUCCCUCUUGUGCGUAAGCCAAUUUCGUCUGUCUUGGAGAAGAUUCGACGAAGAAAAGAGGAGAUUUCUAAGCAGUUCCUUAGCAGGAAGAAGUCCAAAUCGAAUGACAUAGAUGACGGACUUUAUGAGGAGGAUGUUAAUGAUUUUGAGGAAGUUGUAAUGGAAGAGAAGACUGAAGAUGUAAAUUUGGAAUUUACAAGCAAGCAAAACCAUGACGAAAAGGAUUGCAUGGAGGACUGUGCAGGUCCAGUGGGAAACUCAGACAGUCCAUCUAACGAAAAAGCCGAAAGUAACUCUACUCAUGAUCAGGAUCCAUCCUUGUGCUCACAAACAACUACUCUUGGAGAAGAACUUCUAAAGAAGACAUCAACCAGAUCCGUGGAAGAAGUGAUGACACCACCGUCGGUACAUACCAGUAACCGCAAACGGAAUCCGUCUCCAGCCCCUGACAAUUCUGAAGAAGCAGAGUACACUAAGGAAAGUUAUGAUCCUGAGACUCAUGAUUCAUCUCCUGGAGACCCUGUGAGAAAGUUUAUUGAUGAGGUUGCUGAAGAGGAAGAUGACAGCGACAACGAUUUACUCCGGUUUGAAGAUGAUGAUGAUGAAGACGAGGAUGAAGAAGAUGACGAUCUCAGGGAUAUGAUUGCCAGUCAAUUUAAGGAAGAUCCAAGUGACAAAGAUAAGCGUAAUGAACUACAUCAGAAAUGGCUUGAGCAACAAGAUGCUGUAGGGACAGAGAAGCUUUUACAUAAGCUAAAACGAGGUUUGCAGCAAGACAAAACAUCAUUGUUUGAAGAUGAAGACGAUGACGCUGAUGAUGAAAAGAUGGCUGAAGAUGCUGAUGAUGAAGAAGUGACAAAACCUGAAGCGAGUGAAGAUGAAAACGAAGAAGAUCCGAGUCAUGCAACUUCCAUGCGAAUGAGGAUCAAGAAAAUAAAGGAAAUGAUGCCUUUAAUGUUCACAGAUGAAGAUGACGUUUAUGUGUCAUCUGACGAUGAGGAAAUGGAAAAGAAGCUUCUGCAAGAGCGAUUGUACAACAAAAGAAUGGAGCAAAAGGCCAAGUUGUCAUCAUUUACCGGAGAUGAAAACUCCGAGGAAAUUCUUCGCCAUAUCAAGAAGCCUGAGAUCGGAAAGAAAGCAAAACCUACUUCUUUUAAAGAUAGGGCACUCAUGGGAAUAAACAAAAACCCCGCUGCAUCCAUGUCAUCGUUCCUGGGUAAACUUACAAAGAGUUCAUCUAUAUCAGAAGGAUCUCGUAAGCGCGGAUCAAACGUUGUCCGUGGCUAUAUAUUCGAACGUGAUGAAAGUAGCAACAAAAACUCAGUGCCAGAGGAACCUUCAGUUCCAGAGACGAUUGUUCGAGAAAAAAGCAGACCAAGAAGAGCUCCAGCAAAAUUCACGGCCUCACAGUCACAGGAGAGAUCAACAACAUCACAGGUGACGACGGAAGAGGAGGAGAAGGGCACGAGGCAACGAACAACCUUGUACGAGAUUCUAAAGAUGUCUUCGAAGAGCACUAGCUUCACUUCAGGCGAGACAGUGAUAAGUAGCAGCCACACUGAGUCUAUAUUUGCUGCCUUCAAACUCGAUAAGAAACCAGUUAAGACGAAUCCACAAGGACCGAGAUGAAGUCAGUUAAAACAUCUUCUUAAAGAGAACCGUGGCUAUGAAACUGCAAGUGUGCUGAACGUGAAUCACUGGAUCAUGUCACUUUGUGUUUAUGUGGCCACUACUCACGAUGGUGGUAGGACCGUGCGGUCUUGCCUUUUCUUGAUCAAAAUUCAAGUCUUCAUUUCUCAAAGUACAUAAGGUUGUUGCUGUAACCACACAGAUUAUAGUGGGAGAUUAGAUCAUCCAUCCUAGUCAUUCGAAUCUGUUGGAUUAGAUUUAAUAUCUAAAGAUUUGUUUUAUAUAUUCAAUAUCUUCCAGUGAUACUG